AAGCAUUGAAAAACUACUGUCUGAGUGGUCCGCACCCUCAUGUGGCGCUAGAAAGAUUUUGCAGAUGUUUUACAUUUUAUUAAAAACCCUCAUGACCCAGCAUCCACCGCUAAGCGUUCCUUCCGGUUUGUCCGCCAUUAAAGAAAGUAGACAUGGCUAUCAGGUAUCCUAUGGCCGUGGGCCUUAGUAAAGGCCACCCAGUAACCAAGAAUGUGACAGCACCGAAACAUGCUCGUAGGCGAGGGCGUCUGACCAAGCACAGCAAGUUCGUGCGUGACAUGAUCCGUGAGGUGUGCGGCUUCGCCCCCUACGAGAGACGCGCCAUGGAGUUGCUGAAAGUUUCCAAGGACAAGCGUGCCCUCAAGUUCAUCAAGAAGAGGAUUGGAACUCACAUCCGUGCCAAGAGAAAGAGGGAAGAGCUCAGCAAUGUUCUGGCUGCCAUGAGGAAAGCCGCUGCCAAGAAGGAUUAAGCGGUUCUUGCAAAUAAAUAUUUGUAUUUAAAAAAUG